GUAAACGAAAGUGUAACAAGGAGAGAGACCUGACGAUCUGUAUUAUUACGACAUUCUGAAACACGUGAGAUUUGUGUACAUCGCAACUCACAUUUUUCCCCAGUAAUUAUAUGUUUGAUUUUCAGAAUUAAAGAACGAAAAUGAGCGACAGGAACAGAAAUCAACUCCCAAACAAUCUGCCACAGUUGCAGAACCUCAUCAAACGUGACCCACAGUCGUAUAUUGAGGAGUUCCUUCAGCAGUAUCGCCACUAUGAGUCCAACUUGCAGAUUUUUCAGCUCAAACCGACUCAGCACUCCAAGAACCUGGCUGAGCUUGUCAUGUUCUUCUGCCAGGUGUCGCAGUGUUACCCAAAGGAGCUAGCCGGGUACCCACAGCAGCUGAUAGACCUGCUGCAGAGGCAUAGCACAGUCUUGGACCCAGACAUGCGAAUGACGUUUUGCAAAGGCUUGAUCCUGCUUCGCAACAAGGGACUAAUUGAGCCCACCAGCCUCCUGGAGCUGUUCUUUGAGCUCCUCCGUUGCCAAGACAAGCUUCUCAGGAAGAUGCUGUACCAUCAUCUCGUCAACGACAUCAAGAGGAUCAACAAGAAGCACAAAGACAAUAGAGUCAAUACGACUCUGCAAAAUUUCAUGUACACUAUGCUGAGGGAGAGCAACGUAGCUGCUGGGAAGAUGUCACUGGAUGUCAUGAUAGAACUGUACAGGAAAAAUAUCUGGCGAGAUGCCAAGACAGUUAAUGUCAUUGUUACAGCUUGCUUCUCAAAAAUAACCAAGAUUGUUGUGGCGGCUUUGAAAUUUUUCUUAGGCACUAAUGCUGAGGAGGACGAUGAUAGCGAUAGUGAUUCAGAUGAUGACGCGCCCAAUCAGAGAACGUUAAUGAUGGCCCAACGCGUCAACAAGAAGACCAGAAAAAGGCAACGGAAAACUCAAAAGGCUCUCAAAGUCCUCAAGAAAGACAAGAAGAAAAAGAAAGCCGUCUCCUUCAACUUCUCGGCCUUGCACCUGAUUCAUGAUCCACAAGACUUUGCCGAGAAGCUGUUCCGUCAGCUGGAGUCGUCCAACGAGCGGUUUGAGGUCAAGCUGAUGAUGAUGAACCUGGUCUCCCGGUUAGUGGGAAUCCACGAGCUGUUCCUCUUCAACUUCUACCCCUUCCUGCAACGGUUUGUCCAGCCGCAUCAGAGAGAGGUCACCAAGAUCCUUCUGUUCGCUGCCCAGUCCACCCACCAGCUUGUCCCUCCAGACAUCAUAGAGACCCUGGUCAGAACCAUCGUCAACAACUUUGUCACCGAGAGAAACUCCAAUGACGUCAUGGCUGUCGGCCUGAACGCGGUGCGGGAAAUCUGCAGUCGUUGUCCCCUGGCGAUGGGCGCGGACCUGCUCCAGGACUUGGUGCAGUACAAGAGUUACCGCAACAAGGCCGUGGUGUCUGCGGCCAGGUCCCUCAUAUCGCUCUUCAGGGGCAUCAACCCGGAGAUGCUGCACAAGAAAGACAGGGGCAAACCAACUGAGCACAGCAGAGAGAUCAGAGCCAAGGAGUACGGUGAGCUGGUGGCCCAGGACUUUAUUCCGGGCGCUGAGGUGCUGAAAGAUCAGACUGGAGAAGAAGAAAACGAAGACUCGGAGGAGAGCGAUUCCGAUGACAGCGAAGGAGGCUGGCAUGAUGUUGUUCAUUCUAGCGACGAGGAGACGGAGGGAAAAGAAGAUGAAGAAAGCAAUCCCGCUGAGAGCUUAACGGCCGAGGAAAAGAAAGCCAGAGCCACAGCCAUAAGCCAGACCAGACUGCUCACACAGCAAGACUUUAAAGACAUCAAAGUGCACCAACUGUCCAAGCAACUGGAGGGAUCCAAAAGCAACAAGCGAGGAACUAAAAGGAAACAUGUGGAAAUAGACGACGAAAAAAGUGGUGAAGUGUUGUCACUUAAUAGAAUUGAGGGAAUCAACAGUAGGCCGAGACAUGACAAAGAGGCAAGACUAGCUACCGUUAUGGCCGGCCGGGAGGGAAGGAAAAAGUAUGGAUCUAAGAAAGGUCGGAUGAACCCCAAUGCCAGCACCACCAACAAGGAGAAGAAGAAGAAGAAACCCUUCAUGAUGGUCAAGCAGAAGAUUGGUGUCAGGGUCAAGACGAAAAGGUCGUUCCGCGAUAAACAGAUUGCGCUCAGGGAUUCCCUCUUGAAGAAACAGAAACGGCACUGAGCCUAACUCACGCAGGCUCAGCCUUCCCUACCCAGGACAGCUGGUGAUUGAUACCGUGCCGCAUCACAUCACUGCUUGUCACAGCCUUCCCUACCCAGGACAGGUGGUGAUUGACGCUGUGCCGCAUUAAAUCACUGCUGCUCACAUUUGAACAAUUAGUUUGCAACCUGAGGUAUUACCCACAGCAGCAAGGACCUGAUGAAUAUCUAUGCCAGUCGAGACGAAGAUUUUUAACCGAGCAACUUUGCUGUCACAUCCAAAGAACUCCACUACUUUUUUCAUGUAUUUAAAAAUGCAAGAUUUGGGUCUCGGCAAUUCAGGUGAUGCGUCCCGUUUUCUGCUCAAAUUUGGCGACAAAGCCUGUUGUAUUUUGAACUCUGGCAGCAGAGCUUCUAUAAGUCACUCCGGUGUCAGUUGAUCGGUUGGUCGGUCCACCAAAAAAAUUGACCAAAAACGAACCCCCUAACUCACCCAUAAAACUGUUAGUACCAACUUGUAACUGUCCAAAAAGCAAACAAAGUACAUUAAAUACUUGACAAAGAUUGUUUGUGUGGGCUACAAACUAAGGAAGUUAGGGGGCUUCCAUACACCUGUCACUAUACAUCACCCCUGCCUCUGGCCCUGUGUCAUUAUUACGGGUCUCAGGGCGUACAAGUGAGGAUACAAUUGCAUUAUGAAGGUCACUGUUAUUUUGCAUUGUGACUUUCAACAACAUGGGAAAUUCUUACUUCAAUUGACAAUCACGACUAAGUGAGUAAUUGUAUAAUUUCAUGCAAGACGGCCAGAGCUUAUCGUGCAUUCGAACUUUUUUUUUAAACUAUGACCUGACACAGUAAAUGCUCCUCUAGAAAAUGAAGACCACCAAUCACUGUGCCUCCUCCCCUAACGGUUUUUCUUUAACAAAAUGCAAAACACUGCCAUCAAAUCUCCAUCAGACACCUCACAAUAAAAACAACACGUAGUUCUUCACAAUUUUAGUUUAUGCAUUUUAAUGCAUAUUUAUUUCAAAAAAACAAAGGCUUUAAUAGUGACUUUUGUACAAGUAUAAUUGAAUGCAUUUCAGACCUGAUAUGUUCCCUUUCAAGAACUUACAAAUAGUUUUGUUGGCCUGAUUUGAAGAAGAAAAAAAAACAUAAUGAAUAAGUUUUUAAAAAAAUGUACGACCAGGAAUUGUCAAGAAAGCCAAUGAAAGUCGUAAAAUGCGCCUUACGUGUACAUGUACAGGCGUUUAUUUGUUGGCAAAAUUUCUGCUGGCAAAAUCUAGUAACUAUGGUCAUAAUAGGGUCUUCGAGAAAAGUAUUUGCUUCAACUUUUAGUCACAGUAUUUAACUGAAUUUAUUACAACAUAUUUGUUGUACUGUAUCAUUUUUUUUUUUAAGAUGAGCCAAGCAAAUUAUAUUAAAAUACUGGUUGUUCUUUCGACAACCCUCCAAUUUUCCCACAAUUUUAUGAGUACAUUUGGUGGGUUGAAGAAUAAACUUGAAAGUAAUUUUAAAUCAA